AGCAUUCAUCAGUUGUCCGAAGGGCAUGAUUCCUGCCUUCUAGUAUACCCUCACACACAGCAUCUCGCUGUGCAGUUGCCGUGUCGGACUGAAAGUCUUUCUUCUCCAAUUCUUCCUCUGGUUAGCCUCUCCUUCCCUUGUUCCUCGAACUUCGUACUCAAUCGAUGCGAACUAGACCACAACUCGUCAAAGCCAUGACGCCGUUUUCUCGGUACUCGUGCGUGACCCUGUUCGGCCUACUUCUGCUUCUAGGAUCCGUUUGCCACGCGCAGAAAGUCGUCAAGCUCGGGUUUCUGCUGCCGUAUCCUGAGGGCGACAGCGCCGUUCCACAAAGACUGGCCGACGAAUGGAUCUCCGCCGUUCGCGUGGCCAUGGAGGUGCUGGCUCCCGACUACGAGAGCGCGUUUACCGUCGAGCCAUUUGUCAAGAACUCGCGGUGCAACAGCACAGCCGCCGCUGCCGCCGCUCAGGAAUUGGUGGACGGUGGCGUGAUGGGCGUGGUGGGACCGGCGUGCUCCGAGGCGGUCGCGGGAGCGAACACGGUCUUUAAGAAGGCGGGGAUGCCGUACGUGUCGUUCGCGGCGACUGCUAACGCGUUCGCUGAUGACGUGGCGUUCCCCACUUUUUUCCGCACGGUGUACGCGGACCAGCACCAGGCCCGCGCGAUGCUCUCAGUGAUCAAGUACUUCAACUUCAAGCAUGUCAACCUCUUCCACUCAGCCGAGCUCUACGGGAGGGCGCUCUCCGGCGACCUCAAGAGAGCGCUGGGAGAUGCUGCCACGCAGAUCGAGAUUGCGUAUCCCGGAACCGACAACCCCGCGGACUACGAGCCGUACUUCGACGGCGUGAAGAACGGCGAGGGCAUCAUCAACGUCUUUGUCACGCUGCCGAACGUCGCGGAGAACCUCUGGAAGGCCGCGUAUAACCUGAACUACACGAAAUUCCCCUGGUGGUACCUCGGAUCCGACGGUGCUGUGGCCUUCGAUCUCGUGACGGACGGCGACGAGCUCAACCACCUGACGCACGCGCUGCAGGGCGAGAUAGGCGUCGCGCCUUACAAGGGCAACUACCACCCGCGGACUUCCCCCUUCGUGCGAUUCAUGGACUUCUGGAAGGAGAAGUCGCACGAGACGUACCCAGGCCUCCUCAGCCUCGACGUGUCGCCCAGGUACACGGAAGCUCGCGCGUAUGUGACCAACCUGGUGGAUGCCAUCUGGGCGUUUUACGAGGCGUUCAACCACAUCAUCACUGUCAACAAGGACGAUGUGACGACAGCAGCCAUCGUUGACUGCUUCAAGGACAAGCCCUCUGGCUGCCUGCGGUUCGACGGCGCGUCGGGCACAAUGUCGUUCAACAACGUCACCGGGGAGAGGGACUCGGAGGCUCAGACGCCCGAGUACGGCUUCUACAACCUCAUCGACCAGACCUGGAAGGAAAAGAGCAAGUGGGUUCUGAACAAAAAGGAGGGGAUCAACCCGAACCUGGAGUACAUGCUUCGGCCCGGACCUCUGCCGGCGGGUUGGAGGGACAACCUGACGCACCAGAGGGAGGCUCCCCAAGCCAUCAUCCCUAAGAUGUCUGAGAUUGGUGCAGCGACGUACAAUGACAUUCAGGCAGCGAAGAAUGUAGAGAGUGCCAGCAGCAGCAGCAGCAGCAGCAGCAGUGGUGGUGGCGGCAGCAGCGGGGCCAACACGGGUGCGAUUGUGGCGCUGGUGCUGGUGCUGCUGAUUGUGGUGUGCUUCUUGGCCUAUGGUGCCUUCUUCCUGUACAAGCGCUACAAACGCCACCCGGAGCAUCAACAGUUCGUGCGCAUGCUGUAGGGCUUGAAUUUUAGCCAUUGGUGUAGUUCUGCGAUAUACUAGCCAACAGGGUAGACCCCAUUAGAAGAUGUAGAGAAAAUACACAGGGUCCCUACCCUCGUAGUGUUCUUGUGCUUUCAUUCGUUACAUUACAGAUUUCAUUUAGAGGUCACAUCUUGCCAUAAUAUAUAACCAUAACAGAU